UCCCUCCCUCGCCCGCGACUAUAGCCUGUGGUAUUGCGGUUCAGUUUUGGCAGUUGGGGCUGCCGUUGAAGGAAGAGAGGUGGUUUCACUGCGCAGGCGCGAAUGCUCCGUUCGUUUCUCGCCUUGUGAGGAAACCGCGCAGCAGCGAGCGAGUGACCUUCUGGCGCUGCCCGGGGACGCGGAGGGGUACAUCAGAUUGGCUGCUGGGAACACUUUGAAAUGUUGUCCGCAAUGAAAUUAAUGUUAACACUCUUUCUUUCUGGAAUUCUAGCCUGUUAUGGUGGAAAUGCUAACUACAAUUCAAUACUCCUGGUGUCUUUUGAUGGUUUCAGGGCUGACUAUCUGAAAAACUAUAGACUUCCUCAUCUCCAGGAGUUUAUUGAGGAUGGUGUGUUGGUAGAACAUGUUACAAAUGCUUUUAUUACAAAAACUUUCCCAAACCAUUACAGCAUAGUGACAGGCUUAUAUGAAGAAAGCCAUGGCAUUGUGGCUAACGCAAUGUAUGACAAAGAUACAAAGAAGAAGUUUUCAGAGCUUAAUGAUACAGAUCCUUUCUGGUGGAACGAGGCAACUCCUAUUUGGGUGACAAAUCAGCAGCAGCAAGAGAAUAGAAGAAGUGCUGCUGCAAUGUGGCCUGGUACUGAUGUAAAAAUUAACAACACAAUACCUCACUUUUUUAUGAAGUAUAAUCGUUCAGUAACAUUUGAAGAGAGAAUGGAGAACAUUAAUAUGUGGCUGAACAACUCUAGCCCACCAGUUACUUUUGCUACACUCUAUUGGGAAGAACCAGAUGCAAGUGGGCAUAAAUAUGGACCAGGAGAUAAAGAAAACAUGAGAAAAGUGUUAGAACAAGUGGAUAAUCACAUUGGUUCACUUAUUUAUAAACUCAAGGCAUUGGGAUUGUGGGAGAACAUUAAUGUCAUAAUUACAAGUGAUCAUGGAAUGACCCAGUGUUCCCCACACAAGCUGAUUAAACUGGAUGACUGCAUUGGCCGUGGUAACUACACUCUAGUAGACACGACACCAGUUGCUGCAAUACUGCCAAGAAAGAACAAAACAUAUGUAUAUAACUUACUGAAAAACUGCAGCACUUCCAUGAAGGUGUAUCUUAAAGAAGAGAUUCCAGACAGGUUUCAUUACCAUCACAAUAAGCGCAUUCAACCCAUAAUUCUGGUUGCAGAUGAGGGCUGGACAAUUGUACAAAAUGGGUCACUUACAAAAUUAGGUGACCACGGCUAUGACAAUGCUCUCCCAAGCAUGCAUCCAUUCCUGGCUGCUCAUGGUCCUGCUUUUCACAAAGGCUACAAGCAGAACACAAUUAAUAAUGUUGAUAUCUACCCAAUGAUGUGUCACAUCCUCGGAUUAAAACCUCAGCCCAAUAAUGGAACCUUCAGCAACACCAAGUGCUUGUUAGUUGACCAGUGGUGCAUAAAUCUCCCUGAAGCAAUUGGAAUAGUUGUUGGUGUCCUCCUAGUGUUAACUACUCUGACCUGCCUUAUAAUAAUCAUGAAGAAUAGAGUGUCCUCUCCACGUCCGUUUUCCCGACUUCAGCUACAAGAGGAUGAUGAUCCCUUAAUUGGAUAGCAGAUCUAGGAAGUCUUAAUCUCACUACUACAUAGAUAUUAGGGUCUGGAAGUAAAUGGUAUGUUUAAUUUGCAAGUUUGCUGAUCAUUCUAUGAUGCACUUUAAACAGUACUCAUUUAAAAUUGCCUAAGAUGUACAGACAAACCUGUUGAACUGUUUGCCUCUGCAUCUUGACUAACAAUUCAAUAGCACAAGAUUCACAAAUCUACACUGAAAGGAGCCUGUGUUUCCUGCUGGAAAAGGCAUUUAACAAGACAGAUGUUUUGCAUUUGGGUAUUUACACAGUUGUAAAAUAUCAAUUAUAAACUAGGCUAGGAGUCUGAACUUUAACAUUUGUAAAUGAAACUGGCUGCAUUUUGUAUUUAAUUUAAUAGCAGUGAUCUCUUACAAUUCUUGCACUCCUGUAUCGGUUGGAAAAAUUUGUCCUGGGUCUUACUUUAAAACCAGUGGUUCUCUGGCUGGUGUAUAUUGAUUGUUCUUGGAAACAAAGAUUUCAAUUUCUUGUAUCUAAAUGAACUAGCAAUAGAAAUUUAGCACUAGUGGCAGUUCUCCCCUGCAACUAUAAGUCAAGUUGUACAAUGUUCCUUGUUUUUUAACUAGGAGGUGGUGUAAUUUAAAGUACAGAACUGGGUUUAUGGAUAUCGAGGUUCUUGUCCCACUUCUGACUUUCUGCAUGGCCUUGUGCAAGUCAGUUGACUUUUCUCUACCACAGUUUCCUCAUCUAUAGAACUGGGAUGACUUUAAUAAUGAGUUGGUUUGUGAAAUGUUUUGAGAUUCUCAGGUGGCAGUCUUGAAGUACAAAAUACUAUUAAAGAGAAUAUGAUUACCUACCUACUGUUCAUAUACACUUUAAAAAAAAACAAAACCCAAGUUUGGGAUUACUUUUUUUUUUAAAUGGGGACCCCUCACUUCAGGAUAAGCUUUCUCUGGUUAAAACAUGAUUGUAAUAUGAAGAAAAACUUGUUUAGUGCUGAGGUAAGGAUAUGAAAAACCAAUGGACUUUAUCUUUUUUUGUAUCUAAACCUAUUAACACAAUUUUAAAGUUCUGUUGUAAACUAAUGGUAUUAUCUGAAAACCACUGAACCUUUUAGUGAUGCAGUGUGAUUUGCUAUAUGCCACUUCACCCCCAGGCUGCUGAUCAGGGUUUGAAGAAAGAGCUCAAAGUGCUGAGUUUUGCUCUUGAAUGGUGCCUUGCUGAUACUCAGUGGCAUUGGUAGCU